AUGCGCCGCUAUCUGCCCGGCGUCUACCUAACGCCAGCUCUGGAGAACAUUACGGGUCACCCUGCUGACACGGAAAACGACCCUCGGCUCUCAGUGGCGGCGGACCAAUCGAAGGUGGUGUCGAGGCGAGGAGGAAACGCCACGUUACCGUGCACCAUCCGAAUGGACCAAUCACUGACGCCCAGUCGGAAGAUGAGGAUCAAGUGGACCAAGCUGACGUCAGACUACCUGAAGGAGGUGACGUUCACGAAGCGUAAGUUCGGGCUGAUGAAGAAGGCGUACGAGCUGAGCGUGCUGUGCGACUGCGAGAUCGCCCUCAUCAUCUUCAACAGCACCAACAAGCUGUUCCAGUACGCCAGCACCGACAUGGACAAGGUGCUGCUCAAAUACACCGAGUACAACGAGCCGCACGAGAGCCGCACCAACGCCGACAUCGUGGACGUAAGACACGCACGCACAGAGACACAC